CAGAUGUGAGUCUGAGAAGUUGAACCACGUUGGUAAUAAGAUAGUGUUUAUUUGAUAAAAUGAAAUCAAAUAAUUCAGACAAAUCAACCAGUAACGUUUGUAAGGAAGAUGUUUUGAUGUGUAUUUUUAAAGAAGUGCCUGACUUUGUAACAGACGAAGGAGAGGACGGUGGAACCGAAGGAUGGGUCGGAGGAAGUCACCAGGAGGUUUUAGUGGGGAGAAUGAAACAUUCCACCGAUGUCGGAACUUCUAGCAGCACUCGUUCUAAGGAAAACGAUUCGACAGAUCGAGUAUCGCGAAAGACGAGGAAGGUAGCUGAGAUCAGUCAUUCGUCAGAGGAGUUGCUGCUGUGGUCAUCUAUAUAUCCAAGCCAAGAAGCCCUUAUAGGAUCUGCUAAAAAGUCACAAAAAUCCCACAAAAAGGCCGUUUUACAUGAGGAUUGCCGAAAAGUCGUAAACGCCAUCCUUUCUUCAGACUCUGUAAAGUCCAUGGAGGAGAAAGAAGGUGUCUAUGAUGGCAAUAAUUUAGAAGGCUCGGGGCAGAUUGACGGGUCUACAGAGACUAUGAGAUCUGAAGAUGAAGAAGGUUUUGCGAGGAAUUCUUCACUAAGUACAACUACGGAUUUGGUUAGUGCCGAGGAGUCUCGAGAGCUUGUUAUUAACAAAAGCCAAGUCAUGAAGUUGCUCAACGAGGCCCACACCAGCAUUCUCGAAAGCAGCAUACUUCUGACGACUCAAAAACUACAUAAGAAGGUAAAUAAGACCAAAGAGGACAAUCUUGAGAAGGAUACGCCUUCAGACAGUGACGUUCUGUUCGACCAGAUCAAGGCAGAAGAAGGAACAACAAAGGGAACCUCCAAACUUUGUCUUGUGUUGGGAAAACUGGUUACUAAAUACUUAAAAGUAAAGUAGAAUAGUACAUUUUUACUUUAAAGAGGGAGAAUAUUGAAAUAUAAGAUUAAAUUUCCUGUUGUUCUUUUAUAACUGUUAAGAUAAAUAAUUAAAUUGAUGAAGUAAAAUUUUGAAACUGA